GGGGCAGCUCUCCCCUCCGUGCCGCUCCCGGCUCCGCUCCCCCCGGGCCCUGCUGCUCCGGGACGCGCGGAGGAGAAGCGGCAGCGGGAUAGAAAUGGGUAUAAAUAGAUAUAAACAGAAAUAAAGAGAGGACAGAGCUGGAGCAGAAGCGUGACCUCAGCGGGCUCUCGUCCCAGAAGGGUCUGGGCUGGAGGUGCGAACUGAGCGGGACGGGACGGGACGGGCGGGACUUCGCGGCUCUUUUCGGCUCGAUUCAGCCCAUUUCGGCUCCUUUCAGCUCGUUCCAGCCCAUUUCGACUCCUUUCAGCUCAUUUUCAGCCCAUUUCGGUUCCUUUCAGCUCGUUUCAGCUCAUUUUCAGCCCAUUUCGGCUCCUUUCAGCCCAUCUGGGCUCCUCUGAGCCCGUUUCGGAGCGAACAGGGAGUUUUCCGUCCUGCUGCUCUCAGGAAUUGCCUUUCCCUGCCAGCACGGCUCCAGCUGCCUCCGGACCUCCGACACCGGGAGAGGAAUCGCGGGGGAAAGUUGCGAACAAGAGCUUUUCUGCUCGGCACAGAUCGGAAUAGAAGCGUUUGACUUCUUUCACGGAGCAACUUGGCGGCUUGGUGCACAUUUCUGUGAAUUCUCCUCCGGUCACGGUAGUUUUUCGGAGUUAAAUGAAGAUAUCGAAGGGUGAAGCGGGAAAACACUACUUGGAGUGUCUGGAAGGAUAUUUUGCCAUCACUGAAGGAAGGGCUUUUUGAACCUGCGUGGAAAAUGUCCUUUUUGAUACCAGAAGUCACAAAGGAAAAUUUAUGAUUGAAAUCUUGCAGGAAUAAACUGCACUUUUAACCUUAAAUAGACCAUGCAGAGUUUGCUGUCUCUACUCUGUUGCCAUUAUUCUUUGCUGAUUUUAUUUCAGCAAAAAUAUCAGGUGUACGGAAACCAUUCCCAGCUACCCAAACACCCAGGGUUCAAAGUCCUGGCAUCAGCUUCCCAUUACUGGCCAUUGGAGGAUGUGGAUGGAAUUCACGAGUUUCGGGAUACAAAUGGAGAUAUUGUAGAAGGGAUGGUGAACAAAGGAAUUUACGUCACUGAAAAGAAAGGGGUCACCUUCCUCUUCUUUGGAAGCUAUCGGAAUUCUUGCAUUAGUAAUCCAGAGGCUUGUGGGCCUGAAGGAGUCACAUUUUCCUUUUUCUGGAAGACUCAAGACCAGCAGGCCAAACUUCUCCCUGCCUCUGGUGGACGAGUAAUUUCCAGUGGUUUCAAAAUCUGCUCAAAUGAAGGUGAAGGCUCCGUGGAAUUUUACACCCGUGGCAAUGCAAUGAUGAAGUGGAAAGCAAGCUUUAGUCCACCAGGUCCCCACUGGACUCACAUCCUCUUCACCUGGAAGUGGAGGGAAGGGCUGAAGGUCUACGUCAACGGCACCCUGAGCAGCGCUGACCCCACCGGGAAGGUUUUCUACGACUACGGCGACGGCAGCGCCGGGCUGCUGACGGGGACCGAGGGGGACGCGGCCCGGCGCGCCGUCAACGGCGCCUUCGACGAGUUCAUCAUCUGGGAGAGGGCCCUGAGCCCCCGCGAGGUGCAGCUGUACUUCACCGCUGCCAUCGGUGUGCAAGUUCUGCUUUCUUCAACGCUUCCAUGGUCUCUGAUGACAACCACUACAAAGCCCGUGGUCCCCAGCGCGUACCAGCCCAUCAUCUCCGCCCUGAGCCGGGGCAGGGGCAGCUCCCAGGGCCCCAGCUCGGCGCUGGAGCAGCUGCAGAACACGUCCUCCAGCCUGCCCCGGCAGGAGCUGUCAGAGCAAACUGCCCUGAGCCUGGCCCAGGCAUUUUUGAAAGCUAUUGAAGACUUUAUGUUAAUGUCCAACUGGGUUGAUGCACCAGAGAGCCCGGCCGUGUUCGGCAGCCUGGUCCACACCAUCGACACGGUGAUGGCUCACCUGGCGCUCAACCUGGAUGGGAACUCGCUGCCCCUGACCCUCGAGGGCUCCUCGUCCGUGGCAGAUUACGCUGUGCUCAAAAUGCAUCCCCAGACCCUGAAUGUGUCCCACUAUCGAUUUCCAUCUCGAGGGCAGAGCUUUAUUUCCAUUCCCAGUGAAGCUUUCCAUGGAAAAGCCUGCAUCACCAUCGUGGGCCUGCUUUACCAUAACAUGCAUUAUUUCUUCCACGACAUCAACCCCAUGGACACCAAGAUCACUGGAGCUGCUGCCUACAAAGGUUACAUGAUCUCAGCCAGCAGUUAUCUCAUCUCUCUCAAAGUGGAGCCCCUGCCCCAGCUGUCCUACAACCUGUCAGGGUCUCCUCUCGUCACCAUCCAGCUCACGCACAGACUGACAUCCAGACAAUACAGCCAAGCACUAAACCAAAGUAACAGAGUUCAUCUUUACUGUGCAUUUCUGGAUUAUAGCAAUGGAACCGGUGUUUGGUCUGAUGAGGGCUGUGUGCGUGAGAGUGGGGACCUCAACUACUCCGUGUGCCUCUGCAACCACCUCACCAACUUUGCCAUCCUGAUGCAAGUGGUGCCUCUGAAGCUGACGAGGGAACACCAGGUGGCCCUGUCCUCCAUCACUUACAUCGGCUGCGCUCUGUCCAUCCUGUGCCUGACGAUCACGCUGGUCACAUUCGCUGUGCUGUCGUCCGUCAGCACCAUCCGCAACCAGCGCUACCACAUCCAUGCCAACCUGUCCUGUGCUGUGCUGCUGGCCCAGGUCCUGCUGCUCACCAGCUUCCAGUUCAGCCCUGCCACUCUGCCUUGCAAGAUAUUGGCCAUUCUCCUUCAUUUUUUCUUCCUGAGUGCGUUUGCAUGGAUGCUGGUGGAAGGAUUUCAUCUUUACAGCAUGGUGAUCAAAGUAUUUGGGUCAGAAGAAAGCAAGCACUUAUAUUAUUAUGGAAUUGGAUGGGGCUGCCCACUGGUGAUCUGUGUCAUUUCUGCAACGUCGUCCCUGGACAGCUAUGGAGAGAGUGGAAACUGCUGGCUUUCCCUGGAGAAUGGAGCGAUCUGGGCUUUCGUGGCGCCGGCGAUGUUUGUCAUUCUGGUCAAUAUUGGCAUUCUGAUUGCCGUCACAAGAGUCAUCUCCAGGAUCAGUGCAGACAACUACAAGGUCCAUGGAGAUGCUAAUGCCUUCAAACUAACAGCUAAAGCCGUGGCUGUUCUCUUACCAAUCUUGGGGAGCUCGUGGAUCUUUGGCAUUUUGGCUGUCAAUGCCCACGCUUUAGUAUUUCAGUAUAUAUUUGCUGUUUUUAAUUCACUACAAGGAUUUUUCAUGUUCCUGUUUCACUGUCUUCUGAACUCAGAGGUUAGAGCUGCCUUUAAGCACAAAACCAAGGUCUGGUCCCUCACCAGUAGUUCAACACGCAACAUCAAUGUGAAGCCCUUCAAUUCAGACAUUAUGACUGGGAACAGGCCAGGCACAACUCCCACGAAGCUGAACACCUGGGAUAAAAGCACCAAUUCAGCGAACCGCAUUGAUUUAUCAGCGGUCUGACAGGAAUAGCAGCUCCGCAGAGAAAAUCAAGCCAUACAUUCAGGACCUCUGACACUGUGUCCACCAGCUUUUUCUCACUGCUAGUAACAGCAGAAAAUCGGGGUUUUUAAAUCACUGCCUAAUGAAUUGGGAAUUGCCAUAUUGUUUUGUUGAGUAAACAGCCCUCGUUGCUUGCCUUUGAGACUGCAACGUCCUAGCCCGUGGCUAUCAGCAAUAUCUGUAAAGAUGACCAGCACAAAUACACACUGGAUGGUUCUGUCAGCAAUGAUGAGAACACUAGGUAUGCAAGGAGGGCUUAUUGCUCUCUGAAUCAUUCCAGCUCCCAGAACCGAAGGAAAGCAACGUACCUCUGAAAAGAUGGAUUUUUAUGCUCUAAAAUGAAAUGCUUCCCUUUGUAUGUUGUAAUGAGACUAUUCCACACUUGCUGUGCUCUCUCUGUUUACAUUUAUUACCUUACAGAAUUAUCAAAGUGAAGUGGAUUCAAAA